AUGGCUCACUCGCUCGCCACUGUUGUUCUGGCUGCUCAGCUGGCGUCAGCAGCUCUUGUCACUGAACCUUUACAAUACGUGGAUCAGCUGGUGGGGACCCAAAAUGGAGGUAAUGUCUUCGCUGGAGCAUCACUCCCAUAUGGCAUGGCGAAAGCUGUCGCCGACACCGACAGCGAUUCCAGGCAGGGCGGCUUCACCACUGAUGGCGCCAAUAUUACUGGCUUCUCUGGCAUGCACGACUCUGGAACUGGUGGCAAUCCUUCGUUGGGCCUCUUCCCGCUCUUCCCUUUUUCCAGUUGUGAGGGAGAUGAGAUCAAUGGGUGCGAGUUUCCCAAGAAAGAUCGCAGCGAACCGUACGUCAACACCUCGCUCAAGGCCUCGCCAGGCUACUUCAGCAUCGAUCUUCAGAGCGGCGUCCGUGGUGAGAUGACUGCCGCGUUCCAUACUGCACUUUUCCAAUUCACGUUUCCUGAGAGCGGAAGUGGCAGUCCGGUCGUCUACUUGGACUUGUCAGAUCUCUCCGAUUCGCGUCAGGAUAAUGCCACGAUCUCCGUCGAAGACUCGGGAAGAAUGACGGGUUAUGGUCGCUUCGAGCCAUCGUUUGGACAGGAGAAGUACAUUGCAUACUUUUGCGCCGAUUUUAAGGGUGGGGUUGUCCGAGAUACAGGUGUGGUUGUCAACAGCCGCGGAAGUGCGGAUGUGAAGGACUUGAAGAUCUCCCGCGGCAUCAAUAGAUACCCACUUCCAGGGGGCGGCUUUGUGCGAUUCUCAGACAGGUCGCCUGUUAUUGCAAGAGUCGGAUACAGUUUCAUCAGCAGCGAACAGGCGUGUCAACUGGCAGAGAGCGAGAUUCCCGAGUUUGACUUUCAAGCCACGCAGAAGGCGGCUGUGGAUGCGUGGACUGAGAAGAUCAGUGUCAUUUCGGUGGAGACGAAUAAUGUGGAUGAGGAUACUCUGAAGAACUUUUACUCAGGGGUGUACCGCACUUUCAUCAAUCCUCAGAACUACACUGGUGUGCAGCCAGUCGUGGAUGCCAACACGAUAUACUUUGACAGCUUCUACUGUAUCUGGGACCACUUCCGAUCUCAAUUUCCAUUCUUGGUCCUUGUCGAUCCACUUGCGAUGGAGCAGAUUAUCCAAGGCUUGCUGACGCUGUACGAUAUUCAAGGCUGGCUACCAGAUUGUCACAUGUCACUCAGCAAAGGAUACACUCAAGGCGGUAGCAACGCAGACGUGGUCAUGGCCGAUGCUUACUCGAAGCUCAACUCCACCAAUAUUGACUGGAAUAAGGUGUACGAGGCGGUUGUGCGAGAUGCCGAGGAGGAGCCAUAUGACUGGUGCUGCCAAGGACGUGGUGGUCUCGACAGCUGGAAAUCCCUCCAUUACAUUCCCGUCGAGGACUUUGACUACAAAGGCUUUGGCACUCACACUCGCUCCAUCUCCCGCACACUGGAGUACAGCUACAACGACUUCUGCAUCUCUACCAUUGCUCAAGGACUCGGCAAGCAGGGCGAUGUUGAGAAGUAUCAGCAGACCAGCGGCAACUGGCGCAAUCUCUUCCGCGCAGAUCAAGAGUCGAACCUAUUCAAUUCUUCGACCAGCACCGGGUUCACUGGCUUCUUCCAGCCCAAGUAUCUCAAUCAGACCUGGGGUCGACAGGAUCCGCUCUACUGCUCCAACAUUGAUAACUCUCCUACAAAGUCAUGCAGUCUGCAGAAUACAGCUUCGGAGACGUACGAGUCUUCUGUCUGGGAGUACUCGUUCUACGUGCCUCACGAUAUGGCACAGCUCAUCGCCACGCUCGGCGGCCCGGAGACGUUUGUGCGCAGACUGGAGUAUCUGCACGAUCAGAACAUCACCUACAUUGGGAAUGAGCCUUCAUUCUUAACGGUCUACCAAUAUCACUACGCCGGACGACCUGCUCUCUCUGCCACACGUGCGCACUUUUACGUGCCCAGGUUCUUCUCCCCAACGCUUAGUGGUCUUCCUGGGAACGAUGACUCUGGAACCAUGGGCGCUUUCCUGGCAUUUACCAUGAUGGGUCUGAUACCGAACCCGGGACAGAAUGUGUACUUCAUCAUCCCGCCCUUCUUUAAAGAAGUGAGGAUUAAGCAUCCUAUAACGGGCAAUACGGCGGUUAUCAGGAAUGUGAACUUUGAUGGGGGCAACUAUGAGAAUGUGUACAUUCAGAGUGCGACGCUGAAUGGGGAGGAUUACACGAGGAAUUGGAUCGGGCAUGAGUUCUUUACCGAGGGCAAAGAGUUGGUGUUGACCUUGGGACGAAAUGAGAGUCAGUGGGGAACGAGAGUGGAAGAUUUACCGCCGAGUUUGAGCGAGUAUCAAUUUUAG